AUCUGUUUAAUAUGCUCUUGAUUUUUUUUUUUUUUGGUUGUCUUUCUUUUGUCGUAAUUUGAGCAGUCGUACUGUAACCAUAUAGUGGAGCCACUCGAUCUUGUCAUGGACGUGUAUAUAUAGGUGGAUUGCUGUCUGUCUGCCACGACUGAGACUUAUAUCCUCUUGCGAAGUUCUCCGCUGUUAACUGGAAAAAAUCCAAUGGCAGAACCAGAAAGUUUGAAGGAGGAGGGUAACAAAUAUUUUAGGAGUGGACAGUAUGAAGAUGCUUUGCGCUGCUACACACAGGCAUUAGAGCUAGGCUCUCUGAAUGACUCAGAGAAAGCCAUCAUCUUCAAGAAUCGGUCUGCAUGCAGGCUGAAGCUAAAUGAUCAUGAAGCAGCAGUCUCUGAUGCCUCAGCAUGCUUGGAGCUUGCACCUAAUGACCCAAAGGCUUUAUUCAGACGUUGUCAGGCUUUAGAUGCUCUAGGACGGGUGGAGGAAGCCUACAGAGAUGCUGUGACUCUUCUGAAAAUAGACCCUAAAAAUAAUGCUGUGCAGACCAUAUUCAACAGACUCAAUCCUCUUGUGCAGGAAAGGUUGCAGAAACAAAACAGUCUGACAAACAAAGUGUCCCAGAUGGUCAGUCUGGCAUUUGAUUUAUCAGUCAGCAAGGACAAAAGAUUACAGGCUUUAAACAACUUAAUUGUCCUGGCAAGAGAGGAUGCUGGAGCAGAGCUUAUUUGCCAUAAAGGAUGCAUAAAUCAACUUGCAGCACUAGUGAGAGAAAAAGAUGCAGAUUUCAUCAUUGCUGCAACUCGAAUUCUUGCAAGCUUGGCUAAAACCAGCAAGCAGAGGGCUGCGACUGUUGUGAAUACUCUGGACUUGAACCUUCUGUUAUUGGUGCUGGGUCAAGCAUCAGCAGAAGUAGGACGAAGCAUAACUCACCUUCUGCAAACAAUACUUAAUGUAUAUGUUGGUCUUGAGGAAUAUCAGGCAGCUCUCAAGCACUAUGAGCAGGAAAGGAAAAAAGGUGAACGCUUGAGAUACCCACAGCUGUCAUUGAAUGAAGAACAACAACGCUAUGUAGAUCAAUUGAUGAAUCAUUUGGUGCGGAUGAUUGACAGUGGCAAGGUCACUGCUGAAGGUCGUGACUUUGCCAUGGAGCUUCUAAUGAAGAAUAUAACUAUGAAGAAAGGGGUAGGAUGGACAUUAAAGUUUCUUGACACAACUGGAAUUGAAGGUCUGCUGACGGUAGCAGGAACUCAGAAGCAGUUCAAAUCACUGGCAGUGACAGACCAUUCUCGCAUGCAUGCUUCAGUUAUUCUGUCUACAGUCUAUGAAGAUCUUAUUGCUGAUAAACAUCGUGAAAAGUUCAAAGAGAAAUGUACAAACUUUCUGAAAGAACUUUUUGGAGAUGAGAUCAUCGAGUCCAAAAUUGAAGCUAUUGAGGUCAUCUCAAGUCUUCUGCAGGGCCCAUAUGAGGUUGGCAAUAUGCUGCUUGGAAUUGAAGGUGUUGUUCAGAUAAUGUUCACAUUGGCAAACAGUGACAACAUUCACUACCAGAGAGUAGCUGUGGAAGCCAUUGUGAAUUCUGCCUCCAAGAAAAACCAAUGUUCAGGAGUGCUCAAAGAUGCAGUUCCUAUUCUGAAGAAGCUUUAUCAGUCUGCUGAUGAGAGUAUUAAAGUACGAGCCCUUGUGGGUUUGUGUAAGCUGGGCAGCUAUUCAGGAGGGGAUGUAAGUGAACAGCCAUUCGCAGAUGGAUCCACUCUUAAACUUGCACGUAUCUGCCGCAAGUUUCUAGUCAACACAAGCAAAGAUUGUGACCUUCGACGCUGGGCAACUGAAGGUCUUGCUUAUCUAACCUUGGAUGCAGAUGUGAAGGAAGAGUUAGUAGACGAUGCUGCAGCACUAAAUUCCAUCUUUGACCUGGCUAAAAAUCCUGAUUACAAAAUGACUUAUGCCUGCAUAACCACAUUAGUUAACCUGACAAACAGCUAUGACAAGCAGGAAAUCAUACCUGAAAUGGCAGAAUUGGCCAGGUUUGCUAAGCAGCAUGUUCCCGAAGAACAUCCUAAGGACAAGCAUGAGUUCGUGGUGCAGCGAAUACAUAAACUGGCCCAGGCUGGUGUGACUAACGCCUUGGUGUGUCUGUCUGGCACAGAGUCAUGCAACAGCCGAGAGCUGAUAUGCCGUGUAUUCCUUGCUCUUGCCACUGAACAGUCAUUGCGUGGUUUGAUGGUACAGCAAGGUGCUGUCAAGGUGUUGUUACAACUUCUCGAAAAUAAUACAGACACUGGUGCAGUACUAGCUGCUCACAGUCUGGCUAAGAUUGCUGUGACCAUGGACCCGAACACUGCAUUCCCCGGACAACGGGUUUAUGAAGUUGUGCGACCUCUUAUAUCACUACUGCACCAUGAUCGAUCGGGUCUACAAAACUUUGAGGCUUUGCUGGCACUGACUAACCUUUCGUCUGUUAGUGAAAACAUAAGAAAUUGCAUUUUAGAGAACAAUGGCCUUCAGUCAAUUGAACAGCUAAUGUUUGAGGAACAUGAGAUGAUCCGGCGUGCUGCCACAGAAUGCAUGUCUAAUAUGGUGAUGAGUCCGAAGGUGCAAGAACUGUUUGAGAGGGACAAUGACCGUGUGAAGGUCCUUGUGCUUUUUGCUGGUGAAGAGGAUCUUGAACUGAUGCAAGCAGCAGCAGGUGCAUUGGCUAACAUGUCCACAAAUCACAAACUUUGCCAUAAAAUAACACAGGUAAAACCAUGGCUGCAGAUUCUACAAGCAUUGCUAGUAAGUGACAAAGUUGAGAUCCAGCACCGUGCCUCGUAUGUGACAUUGAAUCUCAUGGCUGCAGACAAGGAUAUAGCUACACGCUUAAUAGAGUCACGCGUCCUGGAAAUUCUUAUGGCGUUGACACGGUUAGAUGGUGAAGAAAGAGCAGGUGUGCGGGAAUAUGCACAGGCUGCGCUGGACAAAGCUGUAGAACUAGAGCUGAUUAGACCCUAUGAUGCAAAUGCCGAUGCUGGAAUUAUUUUUAAACGUGCCCCAGAUGUUAAACAGAUGGAGGACAUUGUAGAAGCAGCCGAAGGUGAACAGAAAGAAAGUGACAGUGAAGAUGAGAAAGCAAAGGCACAAACAAAUACAGACAAUCAAAAAGCACAUGAGAAGAUAACAGAUUCCUGUCCAAAAGACAAGGAUUUUAAGCAAAGGGAUGUCACCAAUGAGACAGGAUUGCUUUCAAAUGUUGGAGAGGAGUUGGUAGAAGGUGAGAAGAUAAGUAAAUGUGAUGGUGUACUAUUAUCAGAGCAAGAAGAGGUCAAACGUGACACAUCAGAACAGGAAGAGAGAAAAUGUGACACAAAAGAAGAGAUCUCAUGAAAGACUGACAUUUCAGAUCUUGUGCAGGAGUUUCCAAAAAAACACCUCAGUGUGUCUGUGUAGGUGUGCGAGUAUGUACAUGCAUGUUUUAUAUGCAUUUGUUUAAAAAAAAAAAUGUUUGCCUUGAUAUAUGUCUGCCAUUUUCUGUUGUAAUGCAGCCUUAUGCCCCAGUACAAACUACACAUGCAUGAAAAUCACUCCUGUUCCACAGUUGUGAUACAUUUUGAAAGAGUUACUUUUUAAUUUAUAUUUUAAAAAAUGUUUUGAGAAUUUGUGUGAUCUUUUUGUGUGUGAUAAUAAGAAUCAUAUGUGAUAGUAUAAUUUCUCCCCACAGAAAAGUUUACCUAUUUCCUUCAUUGUGAUUUUGGUUUAUAGAAAAAAUGCAUGCUGGUAUUUGUUUUAUAUAGCCUCAUUACAUUUGAGAUGUAAAGCCAUAUGUGUUCAAAAUUUUACUGUGCAUUCUUGUUUUUAAAAAAGGAGGUGUUAUGUCAAGA